UGCGUGCUCACUUGUCGACAUGACGUAACAACUAUCCAGCCAAUGGGGAUCGUGGGGGGAUCGGUACCACAACAACAACAACACAAUCGUUAACCGCCCAUUAUUGCACCCAUCUAGCGCGAACGAAGACAGUCUCGUGCUCGUCUUCUAAUUUGCAUUCCAACCUUCCGGCUUUGAAGCUGCGAUCAGCGAUGACGAGAGGGGCUGCUAAGGGCAGACGACUGUCGCUGUCCACGACCACCGACAGAAGCGUACCAUCAACAGAGCAGACGUCCACAAAGUCAUCUACAGAGGAAGAUGGCCUCAACAGAAGGGAUUCCCUACGGAAAAAGAAGAAUGCAGCCGUCAAGGUUCUGGUUUCGCUCUUUCCAAGGAUUCCAAAAGUGACCACGGUACUGCUAGAGUUCUUCAUCAAACAGGAGAACAAGCUCUCCCUCCAACGUGAUCCCCUGUCUCACUUCUGUCACGACCAAUGCGUGCUCGAAGCACAGGACUGCUUGCAGAAGCUGCACCGGCUGUACAUCACGUACCAGGACGUCCGAGACAUGAUCGAGAACCUCGUGCGUCUGCAUGCGCUCUGCGAGAAGCGGGACCCGGCAGUUGCGUGUGAACUGGGGACUGUGGUGCGGAAGCUCACCAUCAUCGUGAGCGAGCUAGGUACUUCCUUGGAGAAGAUAUCGGAAGUGACCGUUACUGACUGGAUGGCAGUCGGCAAUGCUGUGACGGCAAAACAAGGAAAGAAAAAGAGCGAAAAGCCACUGUUCACGGAUUUUAUUCCGAAAGUUCAUGAACUUGAGGAAAUCAAGCUGUUGGGAGCUGGAGGUUUUGGCGCUGUUUACAAAGCACGUUAUAAGCCAGCCAACUUGAUCUGCACUGUGAAGCUGGUCGCGUCCGAUAGGUUUAGACGGCAGCAACAGGCUUGCGUGGAUAAAGUGGUCCACUCCAUAGUUCGCAGUCCUUACCUUGUGCGCUACUACGCCUGCUUCGUCACAAAGGAAGCAUACGUGACUAUCAUGGAGUAUAUAUGCGGCGUAGACCUAAUGCGAGUCGUAGAACGGGCCACAUUUCUUUCCGUCGACCAGGUACAGAUCAUCAUGGCGCAGUUGAUCCUUGCUGUGGAACACUUGCACUUCAAGGGUUUUCUGCACCGAGAUAUCAAGAUCUCCAACAUGCUUCUACUUCCUGGAGGCCGGGUGAAAGUAAUAGACUUUGACACUUGUAAGAUGUGCCUCGGUCACUUUACGAGGCGCGCCAUGAAGGGAUACUUCCGACGAACGCCCUUCGAAUUCCGUGACGGCGAAUCUGCAGGCACUGUUCCGUAUAUGGCUCCUGAGAUUCUCAAGCGCCGUCCAUACGGUCGUGCAAUCGAUUGGUGGUCGACAGGUAUCGUCUUCUACAAAUUAAUGACCGGACGUGUGCCUUUCCGGGGCAAGAACAAGAGGCUGCUCCGGGAACGCAUCAUGUGCGGCCGCCUAAAAUGGCCAAAUCCCAAUGAAAAUCCACACUCCGCCACACCGGUGGCCAAGGACAUGGUGCACAAGCUGCUCAAGAAGAACCCUAGGGAUCGUCUGGGAUCCAGGGUGUAUCGCGAUUUAAAAUCGCACUCUUUCUUCGACGGAUUCGUGUGGUCGAAGCUCCAGCAGUCCAAGGAGUUGUGCUACAUACCCGCGCUCUUCGAGGUCUUGCAGGACGGAGGGUCCACCCGUGACGAGGAUGAAGACGCUCGAGAAUCCGAAGGCUCCCAGGACAAUUUAUCGCCACACGCCACUACAUGGACAAGGAAUCGGAAGCUGCCGCAAAUAGAAGACAUGACAGACAUCGAUAAAUCUGCGCACCGUCCACUGUUGACGUACGCUUCAACUGCCUUCAAGCGCGUCGUCACCAUGGUGAAUGAAAGUGAAGGUACCGUAACGGUGGACGAAUCCAUCAUGGCCGCAACGAACACGUCAACGGCAGACCUAGACUACGAAACGGCUCCUGACGCCGACUCUGGACUUGCUGGCCUUACACUUUUGACGUCUGGCUCAAACUCCGAUCUGAAGUCUCGGCGCGCUUCAGAACAAAUGGACGUGAUCAUCUUCCGCAAGAAGAGCUUUGGACGCUACUGGGGCUUUGGCGUCAAUCUGGAACAUGUCACUGGUGAAGGCGGUCGCAGGUUCUACAUGGUGGAGAGCGUGAAGACCGGCAGCCCAGCUCAGAGGUCACAGGUCCUGGAGGGAGACGUCGUGGUAGCGGUGAAUGGCACAAAGGUGUCGUCCUUGCCAAUUAGAACGGUCCGAAAGCUGAUGAAUUCCUCUGGGGAUCAACUCGUGCUCACAGUGCUCUCUUCCAGUCCCUACAGAAUCAUCAAUACGAGGCAGGACGUGGUGAGCGUUCUUCGUUACUGCGGACAGGAGUCGAUGACGCUGGGGCUAGAAAAGUGGGGAUGCCGCGGUGAAGGAUCUUUCGGCUUCACUACCCGGGAGUCAAAAGCUUGGGACCAGAGAAAGAAGUCAUUCUUCAGGGUGCAUAUAGUGCAGGAAGUGAACAACGUGAGCAUCCUUACGCGCAACCGGCAAUUAUACCCCGGCGACAUCCUGUUGGAAGUGGACGGCAAGGCGGCCGAAAAGAUGAACCACGUGGCGCUGCAGCAGGCGAUUUCUCAGGUUGGCCCGGAGCUCCAGAUCACCAUCGCUCCUUUGUCGCCCUUGCGCAGGAAGCGCCCUUCUUCCACCAGAUUCCAAGAGACCUUCCUCUCCGACUACAGCGUCGCCGAGCCGAGCAGCGCAGGGGAGCUCAGCUGACGCCUUCGCCAAUAUUAUAAGCAAAAGACCAGACGGUGAAACGACUAUAUAACCCCGAUUAAAGCAACAUGUAGUAACGAAUCUUCA